AGUUCGGUGUGGCUGCGUGUUUGUGUUUGCAAAAGGCUAAGAACUUGACUUCUCAGCGCUUGCCCAAGCCUUUCCAAGCUGUUCCCACCAGAUCCUCUCGUAAUUGUGGUUUAAUCAUCCUGGCGAAUGUGCAGCAAUUUUGCAACUAGUCGGAGCGCUGCAAGGGCUUUGAUCUUGGGCUGCGGAGGAAGUGCCAGGCGGGUUUGGCACGAUGACUUGUCAUACGGGGCUUUAGCAGCGUGGCAAAAGUUGAUUGUUCUCAAGUUGCCUUUCCCCUUCCCCCUCCACUUCUGGGAUAUCUGAGCUGGCUUCUCUUCCCUGGGUGUUCCUUUUCUUCUCCCACUUGCUGCGGAAGGGAUCAGUCUACCAUGGCCGGUGACAAACUUCCACACAAAGUGAUGGAUCCCAAGAAACUUGCCAGCCUUUUGAAGAGUGGGACCGAAGGAAUGUUGGUCAUUGACAGCCGCUCCUUUGUGGAGUACAACUCCUGGCAUGUUCUCAACUCUGUCAACAUCUGCUGUUCCAAGUUGGUCAAAAGAAGGCUUCAGCAAGACAAGGUGUCCAUCACAGAGCUCAUCCAGCCAGCCUCCAGUAUAAAGGUGGAGGCAGAGAAACAUCAAGAUGUUGUGGUCUAUGAUCAGAGCACAAGGGACAUAAAUGGGCUGGCAACCGACAGUUUCCUGUCCAUUCUUCUGGGCAAGCUGGAUAGUUGCUUCCACAGUGUCUCCAUCCUCACAG